AACAUGCUUUAUUCAGAAAAUAAAACAACUACUUGACAAAUUCUUCGCAUAAAGCGCUCUAGUUUUCAGCUGUCUGCAUCAAAAAAUUACUUUUUUGAAAUCAUAUAUUAUUGAGUGUGCUGUUAUUUGGAGCAAAAUGGGCUGUGUUCCGUCUACCAACUCUAUAACACCGUCAGUUGAUGUCUCGUCGCCUCAGGGUCAAACCAAUAAAGCAGCGACAAAAACGGUUGAUGCAACCCAGAUCAAAGAAAUCAAGGAGUUUCUAGAUGCGCUGAGGAAACAACCCGACAACGCUGAGGUCUACGGAGUCAUCAACCUCGCAAAAAUCAAAACCACUUUCACCGUGAAGGCAGAAAAGGCGAAAACCGGGUAUCUGAAAACAAGCUUUCAGAAACUCUGUGAGCGGGAAAAUGGAAGAGCUCGGGAAGUCUCUAAAGAUAACUCGAUUGUAUUUUCCGAAAUACAAGCUACUGAUAACUUUGUGGUGUUUGCUACAAAAAAUGUGUGCGCUGUUUCUCUAAAUCCGCCGAAUGGAAGGGUUUUGCGGUUCGACUUCGGUGAAAAUGUUUCUUCUCAAAAGGGCGUUGUUCCUAUUGACGACAUUCAAGAUUGCGUUUUCAAAGUCAGCACUAAAAAUGGACCAGUCACAAACGAGUCAGUGUUCCCUGUUCCGGAGGCAAAUAGAAAAGCUUACUUGGUCGCAGAUUUGCCAGCUGAAACAUGGUUCGACCAGUUUUUUGAGGCGCUCAAGAAACAAGAAAUAACCAAGACUUAUUUCGAUAAACCCCCAGAAGUGUUCAAAUGCAGGGAUUCGUUCCAUGUAUACAAAUUAGCGGCCGAGAAACCAUGCGUUCAUGAAAUAGAUAUAUUUCAGAUCAAAGGAGAGAUGAAAUCAAUUUUCUACGAGUGGCCACCUGCUGAAAGUCUAGUGGUGCCCACGACAAAAGAUGUCAUUUUACGAAAAGGAAAUCAAUUAAAUUUUAGCUCUAAUUGUGAUCUGUUUCACUACAGAUCAGGUUCGCCUUUUAACACUGCAAUUGACAACAUUGGAGAUAAUUGGUACUUUGAAAGGCCACAAUGGCAAGACUGGGAAGGCUACCGGGACCCGACCCAGCAUCGCGCGAAAGUAACCGAGUCGUUACGUCGGAGAUUGGAGGAUCCGGAAAAAGCGGACAGUGAUCCAUUUUGGAACGCAAUAGGUCAGAAGUCUACUAAAAAGUCAUGGUCUGAAAGUGCGCCUAAUGAGCCUUUAGAAAAGCGAGGGUUACAUUGGUACCCUAAACGUCUACUUGUUCAAAUCGAAUCUCUGGAGAUUCUCAAAAACAAAAGUAUUCCCCCUGUAGUGCCAGUGGACAAAGCUGCAGCGGAAGAGAUUCUUAGCAACUUGGAAAAUACGGCUUUUAUCGAGAAGUUACUAAGAAAAUCUUGGGAUUCCAAAAAAGACUCUCUGACCUGGAAAAACUCGGAUAGACUUCAAGAACGAAUCAGAGCCAUCGAAGACUGCGAACGAAGGCUGCAAAGUUUGGCAGAAUCAGACGUGGAGAUUCCCAAGUCGCCUGGAUCGGAUCCCAGUUAUUUAUUCAUGAGUAUCUCUAAACAACAUUCAGAAAAGUUGGUUGAUAAUAUAUUCAAAAGUAGCAGACCUUCAACUCGGGGACAGCGCAUGAAAGCACGCGAAGCAAGGUCAAAUAGGGAUACAAAACAAACGAAAGUACUAAUCAGCUGGGAUUUUGGAUCGUACAUAUCGAUAGCAAACAAUCUCAGAAAAGAUCUGACUGGAAACACAUUCGAUGUUCGUCUCGACACCAACUGGAUAAAUAGCCCAGAAUUUGAAAUAGAUGAGGCGACCGUAAUCAUGCCUGUUUUGUCCACUAAUUAUGAAUUAAAUGAAGUUUGCAUGAUGGAACUGGACAAAGCGUUGGAACUGCAGAAAAAUGUAGUGCCUGUUAUAUGCGAGAAAGGAUACAACAUGAACGAGAAAGUGGCAAAGAAAAUUGCAAACACUACCAGGUUUGACUUUGCCGAAACCAACAACCGAUUGGUUGACAGAAGUGUCUACGAACGUACAUUGAAGAGCCUUAUCAAGAAAUUGGAAGAAAUCUCCGAAAAACGGUACGGAAACGUGGAAAAAUAAUGAAAAAACAAGCUGCGAAUGCAUUCACUGCGCCCUGUAAAUAAUAACAAUUUCAUAUAAGAACUAAUUGAAUGAUCAAAAAGUUUCGCCCGCUGCAUUUAAUGGUUUUUUCAUCGACAAAG